AUGAACAACUUGUGUCCCUUGAGCUUAGCUUAUGUUUGGAUGCUUAUCUCGAUGCCAGAGGAAGCUGAGGAUGUCUCGACUUGCCAACUAUUCUUCUUAACAGCUUUCGGCAACGCCAAAACUAUACGCAAUGAUAACUCUUCACGCUUUGGCAAAUACAUUGAAAUCCAUUUUGAUCGAUCCAGCGGCUACAUAGAGAGCGCGCGGAUUGAGCAAUACCUUUUAGAAAAAUCUCGGCUCAUCACACAGGCUUCUGGAGAACGCAAUUAUCAUGUCUUCUACUGCCUCAUAGCAGGGCUUAGCGACAUCGAAAAAGAAAGCUUAGGUUUAAGCAAUACAGAAAACUACCAUUAUCUGACACAGACUUAG